AUGAACCAGAGGUCGCCAUCUUGGAUUCCAUUUGUGAGCCUGCACUGUCAGGUAACAAGCGGUCGUUAUCAACAAGAUUUGAACAAAAUGGCGGCAAGUCACGAUGGAUUGCUCCGAGUUUCUUCGUCCCCAGGACAUUUACAGAUGUCCUGCACAAGCGAUUUCAUUGCAUUGCCUUUAACAAAAACUAUUGUAGGUGUUUGGUGGGCUGGAGAUUUGACUAGAAAGCCCUUACAACUAUCUGGUCACAGUAAAAUCAUAAGUGCUACUUGUUUUGGACAGAAGGACAGACCCCUUCUUCUCUGCACAGCUUCAGAAGACUUUAUUUACAUAUGGAACAUAGACAAGAUUUUAGCUGUUGACAACAUCAGUAAGAUUUACUUAACAAUUAUUCAUCGAAGGCGAGGUGAACAUUGGUUAAUAUUCACCAAGACAAAGUCGAGGUGAAUAUUCAUGAAUGUUCAC